AUGGAACUCUACAACGAAUGCGAGAUCAGCGCGGCCCUUUUCGUUAGCAACGUUUUCCAAAACCUAAAAACAGAGGCGUUGGCUGGACUCCGAAGUCGCGACGGGGCCGCCUACCAGACCUUUAUUGCUAUGGCCAACAACACUUUCCAUGGCGUGGAGGAAAGAGGCUUCAUGCUCUCAAGGAACCUCGUUAUCUUCACCGUGGAAGAAAAUCGAUUCCAUUGCGCUUGCGACGGCUUCGACUGGAUCCUUAGCAAUGCAGAGUCCCAGCACCAGCAGGAAUUGGAAACAGAGCUGGUCCUGAAGGGAACCUGCUUGGAUGGGACAAACCUGGUUUCCUUUACGUCGCUGUGCACCGACGACGGAGAAGAAACCACGACUGCCCUGCCCACGGACUCUACCCCAGAUACCGAGGAAAUGGACGGGAGCGGUGCACCUGCUUCAUCCGUGAUCGCCAUUGCCUCCAGCAUCCUGUCUAUCACCAUUUGCAUGCUCCUGAAGUAAACGGAUUUUUAAAGACUGAUUCCAUGCUUACUUUUCAUCAUCAUUCUGAAUUCAUGCACUCCAUCACUUAAAAGGCAAGUUUCGAUACUUGUAAUGCAAGAUACUGUGCUUGAAAAGCACUGUGAUAUACAUAUUUAUUACAAAUAAAAAAUAACGAUCAUC